UAUUUGAUAAACAUAAUCAGAGCGCACCUCUAUUGUUUGAAAGUUAAAGAUUACGUUGGUCUUCUCACGUGAUAGUCAGCAUAUUAAGUCUUACCGUCAGGACCUUACCCGAGUCGUAACGUUAAGCCUAGUUUCUUUUAGGUUUAAAUUAGUUCAUACCCCAGCAAACAUUAUAAGAUGACAUUUCGAGGAGUACGAAAUAGCAAAUUCAGACAUUUAUAUGGUAGCCCUUCAAGAAAAGAAAAGUGUUAUGAAUGUAUACGAAUAAGCACGAACGCUCAUGACGGGAACCUUUGUGCAGUGAAUCCAAAGUUUAUUGCCAUUAUAACGGAAUCCACAGGAGGAGGUUCUUUCUUGAUAUUACCUUUAGAAAAGACAGGUAGAGUUCCACAUGCUGUAGGAAGAGUAACUGGACAUCAAGGGCCUGUGCUUGAUUUAAAAUGGAAUCCUUUCAACGACAAUGUGAUUGCUUCGUGUUCUGAUGACCUUACGGUUAAAUUGUGGUUAAUUCCUGACGGAGGCCUUAAGGAAGAGAAUCAAGAGGACGCUCUGGUGACGUUAAGAGGACACAAACGAAGAGCGGGUCACUUGGAAUGGCAUCCUACAGCAGAAGACAUUCUUCUUAGUGCGGGAUUUGAUUAUCUUAUCCUGGUGUGGAAUACAGCAGAAGGAACGUUGGUUAAGUCCAUAUCUUGCCAUUCCGACUACAUAUUUUCCAUGUCCUUUAAUUGGGAUGGAACAUUGCUUGCGACAACAUGUAGGGACAAAAAACUCAGGAUUAUCAAUCCUCAGAAAGGGACGGUCAUAGAGGAAACUAUUUUACAGCAAGGUUUUAAGGCUUCAAAGGUGGUGUACCUGGGCGAUACAAAAAUGCUUUUCACCACAGGAUUUUCAAAAUAUUGUGAUCGCCAGUGGGCUAUCUGGUCUGAGAAAGACAUGAGGCAGCCUCUACGAAUAGAAAUCAUUGAUUCAUCUGCUGGUAUACUGUUUCCUUACUACGAUCAUGACACGAAGAUUAUCUACUUGGCUGGGAAGGGGGACGGAAAUAUUCGGUUUUAUGAAUUAGUUGGAAACGCCCCCUGGUGCUACUACUUGAAUCAGUACCUAAGCGGAUGGCCCCAACGGAGCGUAGGUGUUAUGCCAAAGCGAGGAGUGUGUAUUACACGCUGCGAAGUAUUUCGUUUUUACAGAUUGUCUGCUAUGAAGGGAAUGUGCGAACCAGUUUCUAUGAUAGUCCCCAGAAAGAGGUUGGAAUUUCAAGAGGAUUUGUACCCUCCGACACCCGCUCCUUCUUCCUCUUUAACAGCCAAAGAAUGGAUGGAAGGUCAAAACAGACCACCAGUAUUAUUUUCCAUUCAGGAUGCAGAAUCAGUUGUGAUCAAUAAACAAAUGUCUUAUCUGCCUGAAAUACGCUCUCUGAACAUAUCCACUUCUGACGAGACAGACAGCAAAGAAAUACAAUGUGAUCGUCCACAUCCAUAUAUUAAAGAAAAUGUUGGCAAAGGUGAUCAGAAUGGCGUAGAUCAAAUGAAUGGGCUAGACUUGUCAGACAGGUUAAGCAGGACUACGCGAAAACAGAAAAACAUAAGAAACGUAUCAACUGAAGAACACGAUGUUUGUGACCCACAAACCACGGUAGAGAUGAGAAAAAUCAUUGCUCAGCAGUCGGAAGAAAUAAGACGCUUGCAUCAACUCCUGCGAGCUGAGGAAAGGAAGGUUCAGAAGAUGGAGAAACAACUCGCAUCUCUUAUAGGAAAUGGUGCUAAUUCCUGAUGUUACAGAAGCAUGUACAAUGACAUUUAAAAUGAAAACUUACCGAGUUGAAAUCUUUAUAAGUUGGGUAAUAGAUGCAUAUGACAAAAGAAAAAGACAAGAAACAGAUUGCGUUUUAAAGACGAAAGAUUGAAUUGUUUGAUUUGGAAAUAUCACUUGAUGUAGAAAUGUUUAAAGAGUGACAUGCACCAUCACCUAGAAUAGGCAUGCAGUUACUGGACAUCAUGAAUAAUACUCAAGUGAAAGAGAACAGCAGACAGCAAAAAAACUAACUGUUUGCCAUUUUGAAAACUGAGAAAUGAGGAGGUUUAAUUAACAGGAAUUAAAGUGAUUUUUUCACAAUCAUUUAUUAAAGGAAACGUCAUUAAAAUCAUUUGAUUGUGAUUACAUGACCACGAUUUUUGCUACCAAGAAAAGAUUUAGUAAUGGACAAAACUCCGCAGGUUGUCGUUAGCUGACCGAAAGAGUUUUUUAUGUAAAAUCUAACGAAACUGUAGCGGUUCGUUGUUAAAGACAAGGCUACACAAUAGGCUACCUAUGCUUUGCCCAACACAGGUAUCGAAAUCAGAAUUUUAGCGUUAUAAGCCUUUGAAAUUCCACUGAGUCAUCGGGGGCCAUUUAAUGAAGAAACUAGUUUAUGUGUUUGAUAGGAUUUUCAUUUCUCGUUUCGGUUUUAUGACAGUGAAAAUUUCAGAGUAAUUUUAUAUAUACCCUUUUACUUGCUUUGCUAAGUCGUUUUCGUGCUGAAAAGUAAAAUUUCAAUGUUCUGAUUAUUCAAAAUGUAGAAUAUUUUUCAAGAGUAGGAUAAUAAUGUAAAAUAAACUAUUCCUAAUUUUAAAAAGGCAUAUAAACUUUCUGAACAUAAGUUCCACUUGAGAGUUCUAAAACUCUAUAAGAAGUGCGAGUACCACAAGUACACAAAUGAAGUACGAUUCGAGAUAUGUGCGUACGUUUUUCAAAGUUGUUUUCCAGUACAAAUUAUAAAUUAAAGUGAGCAUCUUUUAACACCCAGUCUGCAUGUCAAGGAGACAUGUUUGGUGGGUUGACCUCUAACUAAAGCUUUCCGAUACGCUCCUUUUUAAAUUCUAAAUGGAGGUUUGAACUCCUUGCGAUAUCUGAAAUCAGAAUCGCCCAACGUGGCGGAAUAUGCAUUCGUUUACGAUCUAUGAGAGAGUAUAACCUACAUCCUCAUACUCAACCCCACACAAAAUGAUAGUGGCUUCAAAUGUUGAAGAAUACAAAAUCUGGUUCUUCAGCUCUAUAAAGCAGUUUUCUCCGCGGUUUUCGCGAGUUCUGUCAAUAAAAAUGGUAGGGAAAGCUCAAUGAAGCUUAUCUGUUGCUGUAAAAGGCUUAGUGCAGAAACUAUUUAAGCAUGAACUUCUGUUAUUUUGUGGAAGAGAAACACAGUUCGGCCAAUCCCGUAAACUCCCGUAUUCGUGGCCGAAAAAAGUGUGUUUUUGAGGUUAAUAGAUUGAGACAGAAUUCGGGUGGGCUACAAAUUUUGUAAGAGUUCUCGGUAUUCAAGUGCUCAAUCUAUUAACUCUUGAAUACCGGGGCCCGGCAUAGCCAGGUGGUUAGGGCGCUCGACUCGCAAUCUGAGGGUCGCGGGUUCGAAUCCCCGUCACAC